AGCGGAGAGGUGAAGAAGUGAAGCAGCGGAGAGGUGAAGAAGUGAAGAAGUGGAGAAACGGAGAAGUGAAGAAGUGAAGCGCCACCCUUUUCGCCGCUUCGCCGCCUCACCGCUUUACCGCUUGCUUAAUUACGGACUGCCCUCGCCUCUUACCCUUUUUCCUUUUCGUGUGGACCCCCCGUGCGAAGUUGAGGCAUGCCGAUCUCCCCUCCCACAUCGGCCAGCAGCGACUUCACGACGGCAUUGACCGCUUGGGAGAGGGGCCCCCUUCAGUGGGUCACGCUGCUACAGGGAGAGGCGGAGUGGCACACAUGCGUCGAUGCCCCGGGGAGCUGCUUCACCCGGGAAGUUGAGCGACUGGCCCGUUUGAACAGCACGCUGAAGAGGAAGUCACCCCACCAGUGAGCAGCAACCAGGGGAAGGUCCACUCAGGUUAGUCCGCCGCCGCUCCCGCCGCUCCCGCCGCUUCCCGCCACUCCCGCCGCCACGUGACCGAUCGCAAAAUGGAGAAGUCCAAGGAGAUUUUCUACGACAAGGAGAAGCGGUUCUUCCUGCACCUGAUGAUGUACGUGAGCAGAUUUUUUCUAAACGACGAGGAGAUUGUAAUUUUUGAUUUGUUUGUGCACAACGAAUGCCUGUACCUAGAAAAGGAUAUCAUCAACAGCAUUAACAUGCACGAGCAGAAGAUACGGAGCAUCCUCUCCAAACUGUUGAAGGAGAAAUUUAUCAUUCAAGUGCAGAAGCUUAAGACCACUGAGAGAGGAUCUAGCUUCCAAAUGUAUUACUGCCUGAACAACUAUAUUGUGUAUGUGAUUGACUACCGGGUUAGGAGGAUGGAGGUUGAGCUGAGGAAGGACCGAAAUGAUAGCGACCUGUAUGUCUGCACCUUUUGCAAUGCCACGUAUUCGCAGCUCGACGCGCAGUUGCUCCCCCUGGACUCCUACGACGCGCACUUCCUCUGCCUCUGCAACAAUAAGAUUCAGCUCGUUGAGAGGGACGAAAGCAGCGACGAGCGAAUCUACAGCCGCUACACCAAGUACCUCGACAUCUUGAAGGAGCACACGGAGAAGCUCAAGAACUACUUCAUCCCCCUCUACACGGAGAAGUUCAGCCGGGUAGCGCCCAGCUCGACGCACUCCCCCCCCGCGGACCACUCGUCAGACGAAUCCCUGACGAACAACUCCUCCGAGCUCUCCCUCACUAACAAUUCUUCCCUCGUGUCCCAAAAUAACCCCGGAAGGGCGGCAGAACAGAGGAAGGCGACGAACGAGGAAACUCCCACGGACGCAUGCAGCAGCGUUAUCCGGUCAGACAAAAAAAUAAAAAUCUGCAUGAAUGUAAAGGGGAAGAAAGGAAGCAUCCAAGUGGCAUCCCCGUCCAGUGGCGGAAGGGCCGCUAACCCUGGGAAGGGCGAAGCGGAAGAGAGCACGGAGCAGAAGGGCCACACCACUGGAAGGACAAAGCAUAAAAGUGGUGACUUGGCCCACGCGCAACAGAGCGCCAGCGAGAUGGCGGUGCUUAAGGACGCCCAGAAGGCGGACGAGCCGGAAAUGCCCCUCUUCUUUAUAGAAAAAUUUAACAAGGAGUUUUCCCUCAUGGAUGCCCAGAAGCUGCAGCAAGACAUGACGCAGGACGAAUUCGAACGCUUCAUGGAGUUGCAGGAUGAGUACCUCGACUUGAUUUGA